AUGUCUGCAGCCUUGAAGGUCCCCAAGAACACAGUGGCCUCCAUCAUUCUUAAAUGGAAGAAGUUUGGAACCAACAAGACACUUCUUAGAGCUGGCCGCCCGGCCAAACUGAGCAAUCGGGGGAGAAGGGCCUUGGUCAGGGAGGUGACCAAGAAUUCAAUGGUCGAUCUGAGAGAGCUCCAGAGUUCCUCUGUGGAGAUGGGAGAACCAUCUCUGCAACACUCCACCAAUAAGGUCUUUAUGAGCGCUCAGGACCUCAAACUGAGGCAAAGCUUCACCUUCCAACAGGACAACGACCCUAAGCACACAGCCAAGACAAUGCAGGAGUGGCUACGGGACAAGUCUCUGCAUGUCCUGGAGUUGCCCAUACAUUUUCAAAGGUGGAAGAGACCCUCCAGAGUUGCUGCAGUGUGUGUUCUACUGGCUGUGAUCAUAGGCCUGUGGGAUUCCUAUGCAACUGCAGAGAGAGACCAGCUACAAAAAAGUCUAAAUACCUCAACCAGAGAGAGAGACCAGCUACAGAAUAGUCUGAAUACCAUGACCACAGAGAGAGACCAGCUACAGAAUAGUCUGAAUACCAUGACCACAGAGAGAGACCAGCUACAGAAUAGUCUGAAUACCAUGACCACAGAGGGAGACCAGCUACAGAAUAGGCUACAUACCAUGACCACAGAGAGAGACCAGCUACAGAAUAGGUUAAAUACCAUGACCACAGAGAGAGACCAGCUGCAGAAUAUUCUAAAUACCAUGAACACAGAGAGAGACCAGCUACGUAAUAGUCUAUUUUCCACGAACACAGAGAGAGACCAGAAAUGUAAUAGUCUAUUUUCCACAACCACAGAGAGAGACCAGCUACAAAAUAGUCUAAUUUCCAUGACCACAGAGAGAGAACAGCCACAAAAUAGUCUAAUUUCUACGACCACAGAGAGAGACCAGCUACAGAAUAGUCUGAAAACCAUGACCACAGAGAGAGACCAGCUACAUAAUAGGUUAAAUACCAUGAACACAGAGAGAGACCAGCUACGUAAUAGUCUGUUUUCCACGAACACAGAGAGAGACCAGAAAUGUAAUAGUCUAUUUUCCACAACCACAGAGAGAGACCAGCUACAAAAUAGUCUAAUUUCCACGACCACAGAGAGAGAACAGCCACAAAAUAGUCUAAUUUCUACGACCACAGAGAGAGACCAGCUACAGAAUAGUCUGAAAACCAUGACCACAGAGAGAGACCAGCUACAAAAUAGUCUAAUUACCACGGCCAUAGAGAGAGAUCAGCAUCAGAAUAGUGUAAAUACCAUGAACACAGAGAGAGACCAGCUACACAAUAGGCUAAAUUCCAUGGCCACAGAGAGAGACCAGCUACAGAAUAGGCUAAAUACUAUGACCACAGAGAGAGACCAGCUACAGAAUAGUCUAAAUACCAUGACCACAGAGAGAGACCAGCUGCAAAAUUGUCUAAUUUCCACGACCACAGAGAGAGACCAGCUACAGAAUAGUCUAAUUACCACUGCCACAGAGAGAGACCAGCUACAGAAUAGUCUAAUUACCAUGGCCACAGAGAGAGACCAGCUACAGAAUAGUCUAAUUACCAUGGCCACAGAGAGAGACCAGCUACAGAAUAGUCUAAAUACCAUGACCACAGAGAGAGACCAGCUGCAAAAUAGUCUAAUUUACAUGACCACAGAGAGAGACCAGCUACAGAAUAGUCUAAUUACCACGACCACAGAGAAAGAACAGCUACAAAAUAGUCUAAAUACCAGAACCACUGAAAUAGAUGAGCUGACGAAGAGUCUGAACACUGCGGCUAUGGAGCGUGACCAGCUACAGAAGUUGAUAGAAAGGCUGAACUGGGAGAACAAAGGGUCCUGUCCUGAAGGAUGGAGAAGGUUUGGCUGCAGCUGUUACUACCUCUCUACUGAGAAGAAAUCCUGGGAGGAGAGUAGACAGGACUGUCUGGAGAGAGGAGCAGAUCUGGUGAUCAUUAACAGGGAAGAGGAACAGACAUUCAUCAAUGGGUUUGAAUCAGUCAAAUAUGCCUGGAUUGGUCUGACUGACUCUGUUACUGAGGGGACCUGGAAAUGGGUGGACGGCACCCCACUGACCACAGCAAGGUAAGAGACUACUGAUCUAAUAACACUGACCACCCCAAGGUAAGAGACUACUGAUCUA